UAUACACAAACUUGUUCACUGUUAAUAGCAUCCUAGUCCACUGUUUGCUCUCCAAACGAGGUGAUGGAGACUGAGAGUUGUUUGUCUUUCUCCUCGCCUCCAAACAGGAUCACGCCAGAAAACUCACCGGGUUUGGAGCAUAAUUCCGGCUCUUUCUUUCAGUGUGACGAACUCCAAAAGUCCCCACAUCUUCCACUAGCGCAUCGACAUGAGUUUUUUACCGCGCAGUCUAUGGGACGCUAUGCCGACAGUGGUCCUGCGGACUUUACGCACGGUGUUAGCACGACAACUCCGCGUACCUCGCCUGGAAAACAUACAAAGUACCUGGAGAAUAUGAGUCAGGACCAAAAGACUUCAUCAAUCAGUGAAAAGAACUCGCCAUUUUAUGAGAAUAAUUCCGAUGCAGGUGACAAAUCUUUAUCCAAGCCUCUUGGCUAUCCCACUCAUGAUUCGGAAUGCUGUGGAAAACUGAAGGAAUCAUCCAACGGGUUGCCUGGAGACUCCAUCGCUGACUCCAUCGACCUUUCGGGCAAGAACAAAAAAAGGCGAAACCGGACGACUUUUAGCACCUUUCAGCUGGAGGAGCUGGAGAAGGUCUUUCAGAAGACGCAUUACCCAGAUGUGUAUGCACGGGAACAGCUGGCACUGAGGACAGAGCUUACAGAGGCACGGGUGCAGGUGUGGUUCCAAAACAGACGGGCCAAAUGGAGAAAAAGAGAACGCUAUGGGAAGAUGCAAGAGGUGCGAAACCACUUUGCUGCUACAUAUGAUAUCUCCCUUCUCCCUCGCUCUGACACAUACCAGAUGCAGAAUAACUUGUGGCCAGGCAGCGCAGGUACAGGAAGUGCAGGCGGAGCAGCCGGCGGUUGCGUCCUGGGCACAGAAAACAUGUCGUCAUCUUGCAUGACCCCUUAUCCCCAUCCCCAUGGCAACCUUCCUGGCCUCAUGGGUAUGUCUGCAUCAUCAGGCCAUCCUCAUCAUCACCAUCAUCACCCAUCCCACCACCCCAGCAUCAAUGGGAUUUACUCACUCCAUGGCUUCCCAGGAAGCCUGGGGGCCCAUUCCUUCGAGCCGGGACCAGAAUCUGAAUACAAGCCCUCAGGACUGGUGGCCCUGCGCAUGAAAACCAAAGACCCAGGGAGUCUAUUAUCCUGGCCGACAUGACUACGCAGCUGUGGCUAUUACAAUGACAUCACUGAGCCAAUAAACAGUUAGCAUGCCUGCACAUACCGGCAUGUUACUCAAAAACACUUGUUUUAACGCUAAAUGCACAACUCUUUCGUUCUUUUGCAGGCUCCCAGAUGUGUUUAGUGUUAGGAUGUGUCAUGUGCCCUGACUCUCCGUUUUGAUCUGUUUCCCUAUGGAAGCAUUUAAUUUUUUGUAAAUUUGUUGAACCACCAUGGACUUGCACAUAACUUGGCUUUUAACGUAAAAUCUUACAAAAUCUUUCUUGGAAAUGAAUUUGUAAAAAUGGUCCGAUAUUAAUUACCAAUGAAGAUGUGCAACAUGUUUAUUUAAGUAUGUUAAUAAUAAUCUUUUUUGGUGUCAUUUAGUGUAUGCCAUGUUUAAGCCCCAUUAUGACAGUCAAUAAAUGCUUUUAUACUUACGGAUAUUGUGCAUAGAUACAUCACUUCAAGCAACUCCAAAUAAAAUUGGUGGUAAUCCGUAGCAGGACUAUAAGAUAUAUCUGUACAUACUGCGUUACAUUAUGUGUUGCCCAUAUGAUCAUGCGGCUUAGGUAACAUUUGCAUCAACCACACAUUUCAAAUGCCACGGUAUUUCUGUGCCAAAUUCUAAAGGCUGUAGAUAAACUUUAUAAGUGAACACAGUUAUAUUGCAUUACCCUAAUGUCUCAGUCUGUGGUAUUUUAAAUGUAUGUUUUGCUGUUGGCUUGCUGCAAAGCCUGUCAAAUGCCACCCACUGCAUUACCAGUAUGUGACAGCCCAGCUAAUACAAAACCAAAUAAGCGACCACAAAGCCUUUUCCCAUCAACCAUAGGUCUGUCUGACAGCAGGGGUACGACCACAAGCCUAAUGAAUUAUGAGUCGACUUACAUAAUAUGCUACUGUUUAAUUCAAGGGCCUUGGAUAAUAGU